GCUUUUGUUACAUACGUUCGACUCCACUGUUCGCUGUUGUGACAGGAAACUGCUGAUCGUUUAUAACCAAAAAUUUGUUUUUGACGUUGACGUUGGCGUUUUUGAUAACUACCCUGAAGAGGGCGCUAAUCCAAUGCACCUAAAUUCCGCAUAGAAGACGUAGAAGAAGCUAGCAGUUGACGUCAUUUCGACUUUUGUACCACAGAAGAACGAAGAUGCAGCGAGACAAGACCUCUGGAACCUCUGCGGUGGCCGCCGAUAAACCGGACCGGGAGACCGCCAUCAUGUCCAAAUACUACGAUGGCGUCGAGUUUCCUUUUUGCGAUGAGUUUUCAAAGUACGAGAAGCUCGCCAAGAUCGGCCAAGGCACCUUCGGGGAGGUGUUCAAGGCCAAACAUAGGCAGACUGGCAAGAAAGUUGCCUUGAAGAAGGUGCUAAUGGAAAAUGAGAAAGAAGGGUUUCCCAUCACAGCACUGAGGGAGAUCAAGAUCCUGCAGCUGUUGAAGCAUGAGAACGUCGUAAAUUUGAUUGAGAUUUGUCGAACAAAAGAAAUGUGUGUGUGUGCAGCCACCCAGUUCAACCGUUACAAGGGCAGUAUAUACCUGGUCUUUGAUUUCUGUGAACAUGAUCUAGCUGGUCUUCUGAGCAAUGCCAACGUUAAGUUCACACUGUCAGAGAUCAAGAAGGUCAUGCAAAUGCUGCUGAACGGACUCUACUACAUCCACAGAAACAAGAUCCUGCACAGAGACAUGAAGGCAGCAAAUGUGCUGAUCACAAGAGAUGGAGUAUUGAAACUUGCUGAUUUUGGCCUGGCAAGAGCCUUCAGCCUUGCAAAGAACAGCCAGGGCAAUCGCUAUACCAACCGAGUAGUGACACUGUGGUACCGACCUCCAGAGCUCCUGCUAGGAGAGCGUGAUUAUGGGCCACCCAUUGAUCUAUGGGGUGCAGGGUGUAUCAUGGCGGAAAUGUGGACCAGGAGCCCCAUCAUGCAGGGAAACACAGAACAGCACCAACUCACUCUGAUCAGCCAGCUGUGUGGAUCCAUUACUGCUGAAGUGUGGCCUGGUGUGGAUAAAAAAUAUGAGCUUUACCAGAAGAUGGAGUUACCUAAAGGACAGAAGCGAAAGGUAAAAGAGCGUCUAAAGGCAUAUGUUAAAGACGCAUAUGCCCUUGAUCUAAUCGAUAAGCUGCUGGUGCUGGACCCAGCACAACGUGUGGACAGUGACGACGCUCUCAACCAUGACUUCUUCUGGUCUGACCCCAUGCCUUCUGACCUAAAACAUAUGCUUUCUACACACAACACUUCCAUGUUUGAAUACCUGGCUCCCCCACGGCGCCGCGGUCACAUGCCCCAACAACCGGCCAACCAGAACCGCAACCCAGCUACAGCCAGCCAGUCAGAGUUUGACCGUGUUUUCUGAUUUCUCUGAUGUCAAAGACUUUUUUUUGCAUAAUUUAGAAAAUGGAAUAAGAGUUAUGAGAUUAAACUGAGAUGAACAAAGUGAGUUUAACUUUUUGGGGGGUUUACUAUUGGGGUCAAGUGAGUUAAACAGUGAUCAGCUGCAGCUGUUUCAGUUCUAAUCUAGAGUCUGGUAUGUAAGAUCUCUGAAUUACAUUUUUGAUCCAGAUGCACUUGGGGUCAGAAAUCAACUCUCUGGAGCACCCCAGUUUAGCAACAUGUUUGUUUAUAUCUACAAAUAAUGCCAUGGUAUGAAACUGCUCAUUGACUGACUGUGUAAGCUGAAGUGGACCAGACGUUCAUUUGUGAAUGAGUUGCACGUUAAGUUAGAAAAGAUGCAUAUGAAAAAACAAUAAACAUGAUUACCCAGUCUCUUAAACAUAUUUGAGACUGUUUUUGCACCUUUUUGUUUUUUUUACCUUGUUUUCUUUUAUUCCGAAUUGUGAAACUUACUUUGCAUUAUUUCAGCCAAUAUUAUGUUCAGAUUUUAUGUAGCUAUUUAUCAUAUGGUUUGCAGCCUCUAAUAUGUUUGUGUUUAAACAUUAUUGCGUUUAACAAAAACAAUAAUAGUCUUUUUGUGUACUUCAAUUGAAAUGCCAAUAAACAUCUAAUUUUUUA